UGUUAUUACUAUUUUUUCUGAGCAAAAUUUUCUCUGUUCCAGGCUUGGGUUUGCAGAUACAGUGCUACCAGUGUGAGGAGUUCCAACUAAAUAAUGACUGCUCUGCUCCAGAAUUUAUUGUGAAUUGUACAAUGAAUGUUCAAGAUAUGUGUCAGAAGGAAGUAAUGGAAAAAAGUUUUGGGAUCAUGUACCGCAAGUCCUGUGCCUCCUCGGCAGCCUGUCUCAUCGCCUCUGCCGGCUACCAGUCCUUCUGCUCUCCAGGGAAGGUGAACUCUGUCUGCAUCAGCUGCUGCAACAGCCCGCUCUGCAAUGGGCCCCGCCCCAAGAAGAGGGGCAGUUCUGGCACGGUGCUGAGGCCGCAUGUGGUGACCACGCUUCUGCUCCUCCAGUUGCCUCUGCUGCUUUUGUGUUGCUAA